ACAAAAAAAAUACUUUGAACUCUAAUAUAAUACUGACUACAAUUCAUCAACAUAAUAGGCAAAAUACACAAUGAUUGAAGACAUGGAGGGUGCAAUGCAUCUACAAGAUUCACCAAUAAGAAUCCUUUCGGAAAAGAUUAAAAAUGUAAAACAAUUAUCUUUAGAAGCAUGUAUAUUCAAAGUGCAUGAGAAGCUGCGAAAAACAAACCCAGAGGCUUAUACACCUUCGACAAUUUCCAUCGGGCCUUACCAUCAUGGAAAGUCCGAAUUGAGGAAGAUGGAGAGGUCGAAGGAAUUGUAUACACAGUCCUUUUUAGAAAGAAGGGCAGGAUUACGUGUGGAGGAUUGUUGGAAGAAAUUAAAGGAUUUGCAAGGCAGAGCUGAGAGGUAUUAUGGUGAUCUUGAUGACAUAAAAUUUGUUGACAAUGAUGAUUUCUUGAAGAUGUUAUUGCUUGAUGGUUGCUUUAUAGUGGAAUUUGUUAUUAGACAAUCACGUCUUGUCAUGAGGCAUAAACGCAUAGUUGAUCCCAUUUUCAAGAUUCAAGUGAUGAGAAGUAAUAUUUUUCGUGACAUGUUGCUCCUGGAAAACCAACUCCCCUUCUUUGUUCUGCAAGCACUCUAUGACAUGAUUAGUAUUGAUCAUCAUCAGCCUGUCAAACCAGAAUUCUCGGAGAUGGUGAAAUGUGCAUUUGAGCAUUGGCUACCAAAGAAAACUGUUACUAUCUCCCUACCGGUGUACCCUAGCCAAGAGAUAAAGCAUUUACUUCAGUUAGUGCACAUUCUCUGCCAACCCCAAAAUAACUCAGGGCAGAUUCAGCAGCAGAAGGCAUGUUCUUCUUCUUGCUGCUUUUGGAAACAACCACAAGGCCAAGGCGGCAGCAUCGGCGGCUCUGAUAUUGAAUCCCAAAGUCUUAGUAACGGACAACAUAGGCAUAAGCAUUGGGCAUGCUUUCCUUGCAAGUUUUGGGAACAACCACAACAAACUACAGACGUUCAUGAGGUUGAAUUUUGCACUAUACGUACUGCAAGUGAGCUUCAAGAAGCUGGAGUUCGCUUCAAAAAGCUUGGCAAGAUUAGUGACACUACCUCUAAUGAAACCAUAUGUCUAUUUGAUAUAAAGUUCAAUCACGGAGGCGUAUUAGAGAUCCCCUCUUUCGCUCUCUAUGAUUCAACAGAAACUUUCUUCAGAAAUCUCAUUGCCUACGAGCAACAUUCGCGGUAUAUGCGUCCCAAGUAUUUCACAGAUUAUGCCGUGUUCAUGGAUGAUCUUAUUAAUACGGAGAAGGAUGUCAACUUACUUCGUCUUAAAGAUGUUUUUAUAAAUGGAUUGGGAGAUGACAAAGAAGUGACCCUUCUUUUUAACAACCUUUGCAAAGGGGUUACGUAUUCCAGUAAUGACUUCUAUUAUAAAGACGUGUGCAAGGAAUUGAAUCGACAUUGCAAAAAACCCUGGAAUGCGGCAAUGGCAAAACUAAGACGCAAUUAUUUUCACAGUCCAUGGGCAGGGAUUUCUACCUUUGCAGCUAUAUUGCUUCUUUCGCUCGCUAUUGCACAGACUGUCCUAACUGCCCUUGGUCUGCACAAGUAAUUUCAUCAAUGUCUACUUCUGUUUAUGUUA